AUGUCACGAGAAGAGCUCUCAGCGGCUGCCGCGCCGGUGCUGUUCCGCGACCGAUACCCACUGCCCUCAUCGCGGAGACCCUGCAGAAUCUGGCCAAGGCUAAGUGGUUCACCGUUGGACGUGGUGGCCGCUUUCCAUAAGAUCCGCAUGGCUCCGGGACAUGAGGAAAGACUGCAUUUCGCACGAGCGUACCUGGAUGAUGUACUGAUCUACUCGAGCGGUUCGAAGGCGGAUCAUGAGGCUAAGGUGCGACGAGUUCUCCAAGCACUCGCCGACGCUGGGCUGCACCUAGACCCAGCGAAGUGCGAGUUUUCGGUACAAGAGGUCAAAUACCUUGGGUUCAUCGUCAACGCAGGGAAAGGAAUCGCCUGCGACCCCGAAAAGCAGCGCGCCAUCCGCGAAUGGGAGGCCCCGACCACGGUGAAGGGUGUCAGAAGCUUUCUGGGCUUCGCCAACUAUUACCGGAUCUUCAUCCCCGACUAUGCCAAGAUCACGCAGUCUCUGGAUGCCCUGCUUAAGAAAGGAACUGCCUUUCAUUGGGGACGAGCGGAGAACGAGGCGUUUCAGGAGCUGAAGCGACGAUUUUGCGAGUCACCGGUGCUCAAGCAGUGGGACCCGAGCCUCCCGACCUUUUUGGAGACGGAUUGCUCAGGCUACGCAUUGGGAGGCGUCCUGUCGCAGGAAGGCCCAGAUGGACGUCGACACGCAUGCGCCUUCUUCUCGAAGCGACUUUCGCCAGCGGAGUACAACUAUCCCAUUCACGACAAGGAGAUGCUUGCCAUCAUGAGAUGUCUCGACAACUGGAACGCCGAACUUAGGAGCUGCGGCCCAUUUACAAUCCUUACCGAUCACCGCAACCUGAAGGCAUCCACCCUGCCGAAGAUGAAGGUCUUCGAGGUAGCGGACCUGCAGCAACUCUGGGACGAAACGGUGGCGAAGGACUCGAUAUUCCGGGCAGCCUAUAAGGCAGUCCGCGAUCGCGAGCGUGCCUUCCCGCCCUCGCUGGGCCUGAAGAUCCAGAUUUCAGAAUGUGCGAUCGACGCAGGCAAAAGGCUGACAUUCAGAGACCGUAUUUGGUCGCAUGACUCUGUUGCGACCGGUCAUCCCGGCAGGGAAGGUACGCUGGCUAUUGUGGCUCGGCGAUUCUACUGGCCUGGGCAGUCCCAGCUGGUUCGCCGUCGAAAGGGAUUUCUCAAGCCUCUGCCGAUUCCAGAUCGACCCCGAAGCCAUUUGUCCAUGGACUUCAUCACAGAUCUGCCGCCUACUGGACCGAGCAAGGCAAGGUACCUGUGGGUGAUUGUGGACAGACUGACAAAGGCUGUGACCCUCGAGGUGAUGGACAACAUGGAAGCUGAGCCGUGUGCAAACCGUUUUCUCCAGUGUCAUUACCGAUUUCACGGAAUGCCACGGUCCAUCGUCAGCGACCGCGGGAGCAACUGGCUAAGUAGGUUCUGGAAGAGGUUCUGCCGUCUUGCAGGUGUCACGCAGAAAUUGAGCACGGCCUAUCAUCCUCAGACGGACGGAGGGCCAGAGAGAAUGAACCAGGAGAUCGAGGCCUACCUGAGAGCCUACGUGUCCGACCAAGACAGCCCCUUUUUCGCUGAGCAUGGUUACCACGUCGAUCCCAUCAGCGUCGAGGAAUCGGAAGAGCCACCGAGGCAUAGAGAGGAAAGCAGAGCUGAUAGCCUACUCAGUCGCCUGCAGGAGGUCAAUGAGUACAUGCAAGCAGUGAUGGCCUCCUCACAGCAACAACAAGAAGAGGCUGCCAACGCAAAGCGACAGCCUGCGGAGCGAUUUGAAGUUGGUGACAAGGUGUGGCUCUCGAUGGCAAACUACAGAUCGCCACGACCGUGCAAGAAGCUCGACUGGCUGCAUCACAAGUACACAGUCACGAAGGUAAUUAGUUCGCACGUUGUUGAGCUCGAUGUUCGUGGCUCAAUUUACCCGCGAUUUCAUGUAGAUGACGCACAGCCACCACCGGUACAAGAUGAGUCCGGCACGGAUCUGUGGGAUGUCGACGAGAUCCUCUGCGCGAGAUGGAAGAAGCGCGGACGAGGGGAAUUCAGGCAAGCACUAGUGCGAUGGACGGGCUACGCAGAGCCGACUUGGGAGCCAGUUGAGUGGUUGCAAGGAACAAUUGCGAUGAAGGCAUUCGAGGACAAGAACGCAAGAACCCCGCAGACGCCGACCUGGUCGGAGGGGACAAGGGGGUAA